AUGGCGGCGGCGCUUGUGGGCAACACGCUGCCCAGUGCUGCGCUGCAACUCGGGAAGGAGCUGCAGCAUCCCUUGCGCAGGGCGAGGAUCAGCCCCCAGGCCUCACGGGCCUCGCAGGCAUACAGCAGAGGCCUGAAGCCCACAGCUGCUUGCGGAGCCUUGGGCUUCCUGGGCGCCCUUGCGCCCACGAGGAGGCGGCCCACAGCUCGCCGGGCUGGGCCCACUCCGGUGGACAAGGUCGCUGAGAGCACGCUGGCCGUCGUGGGGCUCGGGAAUGUGGGAGCUCGGUUCGAUGGGACCCGCCACAACAUCGGCUUUGCGGCCGUGGACGAAAUUGCGUCGAAGCUUCUUAGCACGGACCGAUGGACGUUGAGCAGCAGCAUUUGGCAGGAACGCUGCUACGCCUGCGGCGAACAGACUCGAAAGGGUGCUUCGGCAGAGCCCAGGCGGUAA